GACGCGCUUUGGCCGUUCCCGGAGCUCUUCCUUGGCUGUAGGAAGCUCCAGUUCUCUCUGGUCCAGCAGACGAACGAUACUGUCCCGCCCACCUUGUGUCUCACCUACCAGCAGGGCUCCCGUCACGCUGCACAUCAUCAUCGCCACCCUCCCCUCCUGCUCCUGCUCCUGCUCCUGCUCCUGCUGCACCCGCUCCGUGGGAACGGCCUUUGCGGUGCACUGCCAGCGCAGUCCCCGCCAGGGGGCGCUGCGGCGCAAUGGCCAGCGGCGCCGGACCUCCGCCAGCCGCGGCUUGUCAGGCCUCCUCAGUGGAGUUCCGAGUCGCCGGCCUCCCCGCCCUGCGCCAGCCCCUCUCUAUGGAUCGCCGAUGCGGCUGGGGCUGGGGGGAAGAUGGCUCUGUCUAGGGGGCUGCGGUGCUGCCAGCGGGUGCUCGCCUGGGUGCCGGUCGUUAUCAUCACCCUGGUGGUGCUCUGGUCCUACUACGCCUACGUGUGCGAGCUCUGCCUGGUGACUCUAACCAAUCCCGUAGAACAAGUGGCCUACCUCAUAGUAUUCCAUGUCAUCUUUGUGCUUUUUGUGUGGACAUACUGGAAGUCUGUUUUUACUCUUCCGCUGCAGCCAGAUAAAAAGUUCCAUAUGUCCUAUGCUGACAAAGAGCGCUAUGAAAAUGAAGAGAGACCGGACGUGCAGAGGCAGAUUCUUGUUGAAAUGGCAAGGAAGUUGCCAGUGUACACAAGAACGGGGAAUGGAGCUAUUCGAUUCUGUGAUAGAUGCCAGCUAAUCAAGCCUGACCGUUGUCACCACUGUUCUGUUUGUGCUAUGUGUGUGUUAAAAAUGGAUCAUCAUUGCCCAUGGGUGAAUAACUGCGUUGGAUUUUCUAACUACAAAUUCUUUCUACUGUUUUUAAUGUAUUCUUUGUUGUAUUGCAUGUAUAUUGCUGCAACAGUCUUCAAGUAUGUCAUCAAGUAUUGGACAGAUGAAUUGACCAAUGGACGUUCCAAGUUCCAUGUGCUUUUCCUUCUUUUUGUGGCAGUCAUGUUCUUUCUAAGCCUGAUGUUUCUCUUUGGCUACCACUGUUGGCUUGUCAGUAGAAAUAGAUCUACUUUGGAGGCAUUCUCAGCUCCAGUGUUUCAAAAUGGCCCAGAUAAAAAUGGAUUCAAUCUGGGCUUCAUAAAGAAUCUUCAGCAAGUGUUUGGAGAGGAAAAGAAGCUGUGGUUACUACCUAUUGUAUCCAGCAAGGGUGAUGGACAUUCCUUCCCUAUGAGAACGUUGUGUGAAGCUCAGAAUCCACUGCUAGCAAACGAAGAGCAGUGGGGAGAUGAUGGAUUAGAUGAGGAGAACCAUGGUUACCAUGAAGGUUCAUCUCUUGCCAUAGAAAUGGAGACAUAGCAGUUUGCAAAUCUGAUGGUACAAAACUCACUCAGACAGCUUCCUUCUCAGGAGCCAGCAUCUUCUCUUUGCACAGACUUCAGAAUUGAAGGUCAGGAAGCAAAUGGAUCUUCAGGAUAAGAAAACAUCAUGAAGUAUUAUCUGAUUGGAAUCCUAGACUGAUUGUCCAGAAUACCUGCUGGGCAGAUCUUUCAGGGCUUUACAAGUUCAGGGUGUUUUAAAGUUAAUGUCUGAGUGGAGCAGUUUCAUAGAGAGUGGGCCAGGGAAGACUGGCCUGGAUCAUUCUCUUUUAAUAGAUACAGAGAAUAUAUAUCUAUAUAUAAUUGUAAUAGGUGAAAAGUGUUGGUGUAAAUGCAUUUCCACAGUCCUUUCCAUUGCUGCAAACAUCGGGCACUCUAAAUCUAAAAAUACGUCAAGCCUUUAUGUUCCCAGGCAGGCUGUUUAUCUUGGGCCUGAUUCUUCAGCCUUUGCUCACGGUGAGUAAAAAUUACACAUAAAUCAACAGAAUUUCUUGAGUAAGUACUACUCAACGUGAGUCAGGUUUGCCAAAUCAGGGCCUAAAUUGGAAGAGCCCUUUGUGUGUAUGUGCGGUGUAUAUUUAGAUAACAUACAUAUACAUUUGCAACUCUGUGCAUAAAAUACCUGCUCAUGCUGGCAGAAGCAAAGUUAAAGAAUAUGCCAAGACCACUGAUGCUUUUGUCUAGAAAUGCAUCAUCCUCAGUAGGAUUUUGAGGUUUACUGGCCUUCAAGCACAAUCCUGUAGCAGGUACUCAAAUGUUAAAGGGAAUUUUAGACAAUAUAAUGACUUCAUUUAAUUCCUACGCCUAAAGUAUUGGAAUCUAACAAUCACACAGAGCACAUUCUUCUUCCCUCUCCCACCAGGAUCCGUGUUUUACAAAGGUUUUUAAUCAUUGUUUUCCGUUCCAUAAGCAUUGAUCUAGAAGCAGGUAAAUUGGAAACUUGCAUUGAAUGUAUGGCUCCAGUGGCUGUGACUGGAGCCCAACCUCAACAAAGAUGGUUUUAGCCCCAUAAUGCUGGACACAGCAGCUGAUGUAUUAUAUUAGCUCAGACUUCUGCCCGAUUAAAUGUAUUGACUGGUGCCGUAAAGAUUUUUCAAUGCCAAGCUGUGGUCAUAUUUUCCAGUUACUUUGCAUUCCUUUGACUGCACAUCAUUGUUCCAGAUUUUUUUAAACUAGUUUUGCAAUCAAGAAUAUUGUACUAGGUAUGGAAUUUGCAGUUUGGUUUGUAGAUGUUAUGCAGUUCUUAGGUCUAGGUCUUAAUUUUCUCUUUCCACCUGUAAGAUUCAGGCUUGGCAGCUCAUCAUCCAUGCUGGAAAUUAGAUGCUUGUUUCAUAAUAGUAAUGUAUGGGACAAUACUAAUAUUAGCCCUUAAGCAUGAGUCAUAAGAUCAGUCCUUAUGCUCACUAUAUACCAUUUUAGAUGCAGUUUUUUAUUUAGUAUCAGUUUUUACUUUCCUGUCGACAGUCCCUGAAACAGCAAGUGUGGAUGUGAUGAGAAACUGCUUGAUAAAUGUUCAGUGACAAAGGCCUUGUCUACAGAAUAGACGUUUUCCCCCUGAGAUUUCUCUCUUGCUGCUAUGAGAGGAGAAUAUACCAGUAGUAGCAGCAGCUGGAAAUUGUAGGGGAAGGAACCUGGUGUACAUAACACCUCCUCCUCCCACCUUCUGUCACAGAUAUAAAUCACUGCUUUUGGGAGACGUCUUUCAUCUCUGUAUUUAAAUCCUGGAGCUGGUAAUGGAACUCUUGCUUUCAGCAGCAACAUAUUUUGCAAACACCCAAUUUAACUCCUAGAAGCUGGGGUAGGUGGGACUACAGGGCAGUAGGUUCUCUACUCAUCUCUCUUUUUUCGAGUGUGUUUAGCUAAUUAAUCUGUACAUUGUACAGAUGGGACCUCAGACACCUCUUUUGGUGGCUGUUCUGUUAUCAGGUGGCUCUUGAAAUUUUUUUUAUCAAAUCUAAAUCUGCCUUUCUUUUGUUUAAGCCCAUUACUGCUUUUAGUACAUCCAUAGUCAACUUCUGUAAAGGCUUGCUCCUUUUCAUUACAUUAUUUUCGGGGAAGUAUUAAGGAAAGAUAGUCGUGAAAUCAAAGCAAUUGCCUAAUCUCAUGGAAAAUGUGUUUAAAAUGAGAUUUUUUCAAAGGGAGAAAUGCAGUUAAGUGUCUAACUCCCAUUGAAAAUCAAUGGGAGUUAGGUACCUAACUGCUGUUUGUGCCUUUUAAAAAUCUUCCUCUAAAUCACUACUAACUCUUUAAAAUGCCCUAUGUGUAAAAAUGCGAAGAUAAGGAUUGAAGCAAGAAGCUGGCAUAUUGUCUGUUAGCUUGAUUGUAUCCUUCAGGGCAGGAAGAACAGCGCUGUAGCCAGAGCCACAUGGAACUCCUGGAGUUUUUUAAGUAGGUUCUUAUAUCUCUUGUUUUUCUGUUUACAGCCAUCUAAUUAUUUCGUUUCUUGCCAAAUCUAGGUGUACAGUGAUAGCAAGAGAAUAUCUACAAGGAGCUAUAGGCCUCCUUCUUUGGGUAGACCACAUCAAGCUGCAUUUCCUGUUGCAAGUAUCACUAAAAUGGCAGGCCGUCAGUGUUUAUACAGCUGUCCAAUUCAUAACGGGACAGUCUGAAGUAAUUUCAGGAAAGUUGUGCACAAACAUCCGGGGAAAUGCACUAUGCACACAAUGCUAUGAAAAGCACUAAGUAAAUGCACUGAAAAAACAGAAUGUUUCUCUAAUCAUUGUUAUAGAUGACAAAAGAAGGUAAAAUAUUCAGCCAGAAGUGUGAUUUUUAACGUUAUGACAACCCUUUUAAAUUUAAGGGUGCAUUUUCUCUUCCACUGGUGCUAUUUGCUGGGCAUAUUUUUAUGCUGCAUCACAGAAAGAUGUUUAAGUCCUAUGGUAUCAUCAGGAUCCAGUUGUGUCUCUGUUAUAGGCAAGGAAAAGAAUGGGCUUCACAGCAGUAAACUGAAUCCCAGAAAACAGGAGUUAAAGCUCUGUUAAACUUUUGGAGCACAAUGCUUCUAGCAGGUCCCACUGUUUAUUUUUAAAUUGUGUGAAUGCAAUUCUCCUGAAAGGCGCCAGAUUGAUAGCCCUGCAGUGUACUGUUUAGCCACAAACUGGGCACAGCAAUACAAGCUUUCCCUGAAGGGAACACCUCUAGGGCUAAUAUAGCUGGCAGUCUGCUUUGAGAAAUGAAGGCUUGAAUGGACAGAGAGAGGCAAGUUGCCAGUUAGUGCUAUCUGUGGCAGCUUUUUGUGCUUUGGAUGUGGGAACUGGAUUGAAAUCACUAAAUUCAAUUUAUGUAAUUCACCAAACAGCCAUCAGAGAGUAAUUUUUAGUCACAACCAACCUGGACUGAAUUCAAACCAGAGACCUAACAUCUCUUUGAAAACACUAAGCAUUAAUUUAGAUCAAAGUCUAAAAACCUGGGUAUUGAACCCUCCGCAUGCAAAGCACGUUCCCCUGUGCCCCCUGCCCCAGAUGCAUUUUAUGCUGAUUGUGGUGUUCACAUCAGAUAAGAAAUAUUUACUUGUCCUAUCCUUCUCUUCCUCUUCUCCCCCCCCGCCCCCCAAAUGACCAUGAGUACUAUAAACACUUCCCCCGUGAAUGUCACCACAUGCACAAAGAAUGCUGUGGGUGGAUUUUACUGUAAUAUGAAUCAUUCCAUCAAACUGCCUGUCUCUUAUGAUUAACAGUCCAAAAUAUCCCACUGACAAUUAUCCCCUUUACAUUCCAGAUAUCCUGCUCUGACAAGCAGGUAAGGCAUCAUAUUGAUGUCUGCAUAGGGUGUCUUGUGACAAGGCCUCUCCUUGGCCAAUGAAUUGCUCUCCAAGGAAUUAGUGUUUAUAAGCAUCUCUGCACUGCAGUUUGUUUUGUAAAUUUGGACUCUUGCUGAAUCAGUGUAAGAUGUUUUUGGAGUAGAAUAAGUGUUUGUAUUCCUUUAAACAGGAAGCAGUACUGUACAUUUUUAAUAGACUGUACUUGUUGCAUGUAGGUGUACUGUAAUCAGUAAGGAUUAGGAAGCUUUCUAUUAGCAUGAUAGUGUGAUGAAUGUUUACUUCCCAGAAAUGGCCAGAGCUGUGGUUCAGCAGAAUCUACAGUGUAUUCUUAGUGUAGGAGGUGUGAACUCUGGCACAGGCUGAAAGCACAAUUUUGUACCAGUUACAGGACUAGCUGCAUAAAGUCUGUAACACAUGAAUGUAACAUGUCAGGAAAUACUUCCUUUGUAUCUAACCAUGGGGGAUGGGGGAAGUUGAGAUUUUAAAGAUGCAUUCAGGUAACUGCCUUCAGUACAGUUGUUAAGCCAGCACAGCAGACUUGCCAUUCAUAUGGCUGACUCUUUCACAGAAGAGUGAGGAGAACUGAGCAUUAAUAAUUGUAAGCAGGUUAACAAAACAUUGCUGGACCCUUGCCUGUUAGGCCUGAGUCAACUCAAAGUUACACAUGCUCUUUUUGUGUCUGCGGUACAAUGUUUUGAAACUGAUCUACUUGAAAAAUGUCUUGUUCUUAUUGGUAUUUUUCAGUUGUCAGCAGGUGUUCUGCUGCUGAGCAUUUCAAACUGAGGUGUUUUUUUCCGCAAACCAUCAAUUAAAGUAUUUGCAUGGCAGAGUUGCUUUUUCAUUAAAACUAAUGUUCUGUCAGCAGCUUGGAGGGUAGCAACCAAUUCAGACAUGGGGCAUUAGAUACGUACUUUUCCUGAUCAUUUCCUCUUUUUAUUUCAUCUCUGUUGUUUCACUUUUUUGAUAAUUAACAGUCCACCAAGAGAUCAGCUUGUUCAUUUUAGUUUUUACAGGCAUUAUUUCAUUUUGUUAAAGAAGAAUACAAAGUGAGAAGAGUUUUUCUUUCUGAUCACAUGCAAAUUAUUUACAAUUGAUUAUUUUUCAGCCAACUGCAUUUUUUCCCUUAGUUACUAAAGCAGUGAGUAGAUGGAAUGGGCUCGCUCUCUCUCUCUCUCAAAAAAUGUUGUGCAAUGUAAUUUCUUGGUUUGAUGUCAAUUUGUCGAUGGGUAUCUUUGCAUCUUCCUUGUCAUUCUGAUUUGUUUUUUUGUUCAGUGCAGCAGGAUCCAAUGUUCUGUAUUUUCUUUUGAAUGCUUAAUUUUUUUUUUAAAUCCUAUUUUACUGUUUUGGCUGCGAUUUGGAAUGUACACAUUGAAAUUUUUAAAAAUGGUAUUAGGUUUUACAUUUAUAUUUCAAGUAAGACCAAAAAUCUUUUAUGCCUGCAAAGAUGCUGUUUAAAGUAUUCAUUCUGUAUCAGGAUUUGAGGUUUGCAGCAGCAUCUGCAGUAAAGCUGGUAUUAGAAAAAUGCAUGAUUAUGUUAAAAUACACAAAAUGGACAAAAGGGUCAUUCUUGCUCUUUUAUUCUAGUUGUGCUUAGGAAGAGGCAUUCUUUUUGCACUGGCUGCUAAUAUCAAACAGCCCAUGUAAUGCAAAGGUGAUUUUACUAAACAGAACUUUUUUGCUACUUGUAACUAACUUUGCAUUUACUUGUGAUCAAAUCCUGUACCAAACCUGGACAGACAGAGGUGUCUCCCCCACUCGCAAAGCUGCAGAGCCUUUGCACUGUAGUAUCUAUUACAGAUUAUGUGCUUUCCUUCCA